AUGAAUCAAGAAAUUGCGAGACAAUGGGAUAUCGGGGGGUCGUUAUUCACAAGUGUCCAAGCGGCACUCAAUCUUGUGAAGGCGGGUUCUGUGGAUAAUGUCCACAGUCAAGCCGUCUUAGCCUUCACGAACCUGGGCUCGACUCUACAGGCUUCCACCAUGCGCUGCAACCAGGCCAUAGAUGCUUUGAAAGGAACCAGCAACGUCAAGCUUGAUGCUUUCAAGAUCACGCUUGGCUUCCACUCCGGCGGCACCGCCUCCAUCAUCCGUCAACACACGCCGGGCCUGAAAGCCUUUCUUCUCCUCACUGCGCUCAGACUGUGGAACCUAACCGAGCUCGCCAGCCAAACAGUGUAUGAGAUGUUGGAAACAUCAGGAACUGCUCAAGCUCUCCCGGCUUCCGGACACCAAAUAGAGGAGCUCGUGUCAACCCUCUCGGCUUACUCACGCAUCCUCGAUUCAAGCGUCUCUCAGCAGCUGGAAGAUGUCAGUACGGCAAUGCUGCCAACACUCGCUACAAACCCAAAUCGGGCCCGGCUGUGGGAAAUUCUUCCACCAAAAGCAAUGGCCGAAGUACUCCAGAACGUGUUCGCAGGACUGGCAGACCAAGAAAAUCAACAAGUUUCCUUGUCUGGUAUAGUUUGUGGUAUUCGUAUCGCAACACUGCUGACCUGGAUGCUUGGUGAUGAGGCUUGCGUCACAGUGGAUGAUCAUCCAAUCUUUGGAAAUAUAGCUGCCAAGCUACACAUCCGUUUUGAAUCAGACGUACCCGAAUCUCGGUGCGAGUGGGAAAUCCUCUGCUGGAAGAGAAAGGAUGACUUCUACUGGAAGAGAGAGGCCACCUUCUCCAACCUCGUCGAGUUUUCCAACGACGAAGUGACUUCAGUUGAGGACACUCCAUUCAUUCCUGGACAAACUACACAGCUGUGGUUUCGGCAAAGAUUCCCGAAUUGCAAAGGCCCAGCCGUUGAUACCAUCGGAGAGAUCGCGGGGACCGUGUUUUCAAACCUUGUCGAGAAGGGCAAAGUCCAUAACCCGCCAUAUGGUCUAUCAGUCAGAAUCCAGGACCUCGGCGGCUCCCAUAGCCUUUCUCAAACCGACGAAAUCAUGACCCACUUUGGAUGGGACAAAGAGAGUCUGAAGAACCAGAAAGAUCUUCAGGCUGAGGUCGACCGUCUCUUCGCAUCACAGACAGAAGUUGGCGUGCAAGACUAUCUCAAAGCCUUGAAGAGUGCCAUCGCCAAGGUUCACCCCGACUUGAAUCUUCCAGAAGCCUGGUUGAUCGAAGACUUUUUGAACUAUGGGCUCCUGAUCGGAACUUCAGCUCUGGCCUUCUUCAUGUAUUCGCCCGACCGGACCCAGAACAGCACAGAGUUCCGAUACGAGCCGACGAUUUCAUUCACUGACAGAAACACUCGAACGAUGCUGAUCAAUAAGCUUUUUUCUCGAAAAGGGCUUGCAGUCCGCGAAUUCCGGAUGGCGGUAAUGGCCAUCGCCUUAUCUCACAGUGCCAAGGAUAUCAAAGGGGACGAGCUGAUCGUCGAACGCGCGGGUCUCAUCAUAUCGCAGAAGCUUUUGCUGAGUGUACGCCCCAACCAAGCGAACGCACUAGCUCUGGACAUCCGACUUGGCUACAUAAGACGGGGAAAUGAUCGGAUUCAGACUGUGCGAGACAUGGCUUGGGAAUCCAUGAGUGCGGGCUCUCCAUCGUGGGAAUACGAGACUCUUGAUCCCUACAAACGGCCCAUGUUCGGCAAAAAAACAUACAGAGGGUUGAAACCAUCAAGAUCUUGGCCGACUGACCCACUCCGGCUCCAAAUCCUCCAUACGGUCCGAGGAGCAACGCUACUCGUCAAGUCGACUUUGGCAUUUCCCUUUUUGGGAGCCCAACCUGAACGGAUAGUGGGAUCAUCCCCGAGAAAGACUAUGGAACGACAAACCAUUGAACGAAGCUUUUCUUGGAUCAAUGCCAUGGAUGGUCUUGCUUGUGCCCGUCAUUUUGAAGCAUCAGACCAACUCCCCCAAUCGUACGAGGAAAAAACAGCAGAAAAGUUGGAUUCGACGCAACUGUUUACUUCGAUGAUGUGGAUUGCACCUUCCUCACUUAUGAGGAGAGCCGUCGGUCAUGCAAAGGCGAGAAUGAUAGCAUGCACAGCCGGACAACCGCUGGCGCAGCUUUUCCAAGUGUCCAAUUCCUCAUCGCCGUACAUUGUAGCCAACGGAGCGAAUUUAGUCAAGGUCAUUGCAGAAGUGGAGCAGAUGAACCUUGACAACUGGGUCAUCAUUCUCUGA